GGAUAGAUGGAGACUGAAAAUGACACAACAGUGACAGAAUUCAUUAUUUUAGGAUUAACAGAUAAUCCUACACUAUGUGCCAUCUUCUUUGUGGUUUUCCUACUAGUUUAUGUGGUCACAAUAGUUGGAAAUAUCAGCAUAAUCCUGUUAAUCCAAAGCAGUCCACAGCUUCACACGCCAAUGUAUCUUUUCCUCAGCCAUUUGGCCUUUGUGGACAUUGGGUAUUCCACAUCCGUCACACCAAUCAUGCUCAUUGGUUUCUUACAAGAAAAAACUACUAUCCCUGUCAUAGGCUGUAUAGCCCAGCUUGGCUCUGACGUCACUUUUGGCACUACAGAGUGCUUCUUGCUGGCCACCAUGGCCUAUGACCGCUAUGUGGCCAUUUGCUCACCCCUGCUCUACUCCACUAACAUGUCCUCAACAGUCUGUUUCCUCCUACUGGGGGCUUCCUACCUCGGUGGAUGCAUGAAUGCAUCAUCAUUUACAGGCUGUCUGAUGAACCUGUCUUUCUGUGGUCCAAAUAAAAUCAACCAUUUUUUCUGUGACCUCUUCCCACUCUUGAAGCUUUCCUGUGGUCACCUUUAUAUUGCUGAAAUAUCUCCUGCCAUCUCUUCAGCAUCAGUGCUUAUAAGCACAUUGUCUACCAUCAUUGUGUCCUACAUCUAUAUUCUCCACGCGAUUAUGAAGAUGCGCUCUACUGAGGGGAGGAACAAAGCUUUCUCUACCUGCACUUCCCACCUCACUGCAGUCACUUUGUUUUAUGGGACAGUCUUGUUCGUCUAUGUGAUGCCCAAGUCAAGCUACUCAGCCAAUCAGGUCAAAGUGGCAUCUGUGAUUUACACGGUGGUGAUUCCCAUGUUGAAUCCUCUCAUCUACAGUCUGAGGAACAAGGAGGUAAAAGAAGCAUUGAAAAAGUUGAUAGCUAGAACACAGUGGUUUUCCUGA